GUGUGUGUGUGUGUGUGUGUGUGUGUGUGUGUGUGUGUGUGUGUGUGUCUGUGCGCGCGCCCCUGUGCGAGUGCUGGUGCCUCGGCGCCGCCUGCAUGCGGGGUGCUGUUUAUGUGCGUUUCUCGCCGAGCCCUCCCCGACUGCAAUACUCGCCUGCUUUGCCUCCUCCGCGUACCGACCAGGCAGCUGCACGGGUUGCCACAAUGCUGGGGCCCUGGAGAUUUCGGGCGAAAACUGUCGGUUAAUGGAUGAAUGGAUCUGAUCGAGCUGAGAAAGAAUAUGCUAGAUACAUGCAUUUGAGUAAGAUUUCUGCUGCCUUUAUGCAGUGAAGCCUUUUGCUUUGAGUAAUUCCGAUCCAGUUGACGUCUGGUCAGAAUUAGAGAGAGAUUCGCCGAGACUUCCAAUUUCUUGCUGCAUGACUGCCUUUGCUGCAAGUGCUAGAUUUGCAGCCUUGAACCUGAUGCCACAGGAGAUGUCUUGCAGUACUGAGACUUGCCGUUUUUUAGGAUGCGUUCCUCCAAACCAGAGUUGUGGCAUGAGGAUUGGAGCUCUGAGGUGGACGAUAGAAAAUGCAAGCCUGCUCCAGGAGCCCAGCAUUUAAGCCUGGAUGAUUUAUUAGUCUUCCCCUACCGACACACACAGUGCAUAUAUUUUCCCUAUUCAUGUUGCUUUUAGACUAGUAGAAGUAGAAGAAAACCACAAGGAGUCAAAAAGACUGCAAGAAGGAAUGGAAAUUGGAUUUGUUUCCGGCUAGAUAAAAUUCGGGUAUUAAAUCACUGAUGUAGGUCAAUGAUAGGGUUUUCCCCCAUCCCCUUUGGCUUUUAAUCAGCCUGGGUGUCUUCUUCCCUAAAGGAUGAAGAGCACUGACAGCCAUCGCUGCUUAUAAUCAGUAACUCUGAUGCUUGGAGUGUUGGCGAUGAGAUAUUUCCAUGAGACCUAUUUAGAUCUCUCCACUUCUACGAGGCUAGUUUUACAGAACGUUGGGAAUAAACGGUAUGUCAGAUAUGGCUGAGGCUGCGAAGAUGAUCCGCAUGUUUUACAUUUUUCACAAAUUUUGGGAAAUAAAAUGUACGCUUGCUGCUCUACAGUAACUUUGGAACAGGACCUCAACAAAAAAAUGCAUAUCUGGAUGCUGCAAACGAUCGCGUUUGCUUUAACAUCGCUAGUCCUUUCGUGGGCAGAAAGCAUCGAAUAUUAUGGGGAAAUCUGUGAUAAUGCGUGUCCUUGCGAGGAGAAGGACAGUAUCUUAACAGUGAGCUGUGAAAACAGAGGGAUCAUCAGCCUUUUUGAGAUCAGUCCACCGAGGUUCCCUGUCUAUCACCUCUUGUUGUCAGGGAACCUUCUGAACAGGCUGUACCCUAACCAGUUUGUCAAUUACACUGGGGCUUCGAUUUUGCACCUAGGGAGCAACGACAUACAAGACAUUGAAACGGGGGCUUUUCAUGGUCUGAGAGGUUUGAGGAGGCUGCACCUAAACAACAACAAGCUGGAACUUUUACGGGAUGACACUUUCCUCGGGCUAGAGAGUUUGGAGUAUCUACAAGUCGAUUAUAAUUAUAUUAGCGUCAUUGAACCCAAUGCCUUCAGCAAACUGCAUUUGCUGCAGGUGCUGAUUCUCAAUGAUAACCUCCUCUCCAGUUUGCCCAACAACCUUUUCCGUUUUGUGCCCUUAACUCACCUGGACUUGAGGGGUAACCGGCUGAAGCUGUUGCCCUAUGUGGGCCUUUUGCAGCACAUGGAUAAAGUGGUGGAGCUGCAGCUGGAGGAAAACCCCUGGAAUUGCUCAUGCGAGUUGAUUGCUCUGAAGGAUUGGCUGGACAGUAUCUCCUACUCUGCUCUGGUGGGAGAUGUGGUUUGUGAGACCCCUUUCCGCUUACAUGGUCGAGACUUAGAUGAGGUCUCCAAGCAGGAGCUCUGCCCCAGGAGACUCAUUUCGGAUUAUGAAAUGAGACCGCAGACACCGCUGAGCACCACAGGGUAUUUCCACACUACCCCGGCUUCGGUGAACUCCGUGGCCACUUCUUCUUCAGCUGUUUACAAAUCCCCCUUGAAGCCCCCUAAGGGGACUCGCCAACCCAACAAGACCAGGGUGCGCCCCACCUCCCGCCUGCCCUCAAAAGACCUGGGAUACAGCAACUAUGGCCCCAGCAUUGCCUACCAGACCAAAUCCCCGGUGCCUUUGGAGUGCCCCACUGCCUGCACUUGCAAUUUGCAGAUUUCUGACCUGGGCCUCAACGUCAACUGUCAGGAGAGGAAGAUUGAGAGCAUGUCUGAACUGCAGCCCAAACCCUAUAAUCCUAAGAAGAUGUAUCUGACAGAAAACUACAUUGCUCUGGUGCGCAGGGCAGAUUUUGUGGAUGCCACCGGGCUGGAUUUGCUGCAUCUGGGCAAUAAUCGUAUCUCAGUUAUUCAGGAUCGGGCUUUUGGGGAUUUAACUAAUUUGCGAAGACUGUACCUGAAUGGGAACCGGAUCGAGAAGCUGAGCCCAGAGCUGUUCUAUGGGCUGCAGAGCCUGCAGUACCUCUUCCUGCAGUACAAUGUCAUCCGGGAGAUAGAGGCGGGCACCUUUGAACCCGUCCCCAACCUCCAGCUCCUGUUUUUGAACAACAAUCUGCUGAGAUCUUUGCCCGGGAACAUUUUUUCUGGUCUGUCUCUCUACAGGCUGAGCCUGCGCAGCAACCACUUCUCCUACCUGCCGGUGAGCGGGGUGCUGGACCAGCUGAAGUCCCUGCUGCAGAUCGACCUGCACGAGAACCCCUGGGACUGCACCUGCGACGUGGUGGGCAUGAAGCUGUGGCUGGAGCAGCUCAACACCGGCGUGCUGGUGGACCAGGUCAUCUGCGAGUCCCCCAAGAAGUUUGCCCAGAGCGACAUGCGGGCGGUGCGGGCGGAGCUGCUGUGCCCUGACUACUCGGACAUCGUCGUCUCCACGCCCACGCCGUCCCCCGGCCCGCUGCCGGCCCGCACCACCCCCUCCUCCUCCACCGUGCACCUCAACGGCACGGCGGCGGCGGGCGGCGCGGCGCCCGCGGGCGGCGGCGGCGGCGGCGGGUCCUCCGUGCCGCUCUCGGUGCUGAUCCUCAGCCUGCUGCUGGUCUUCAUCAUGUCCGUCUUCGUGGCGGCGGGGCUCUUCGUGCUGGUGAUGAAGCGGCGCAAGAAGGGCCAGGGCGACCACGCCAGCGCCAACAACUCCGACGUGAGCUCCUUCAACAUGCAGUACAGCGUCUACAGCGGCGGCGGCCACCACCACCACCACCACCCGCACCACCAGCAGCACCAGCAGCACCGAGGCGGCGGCGGCGGCGGCGGCGGCGGCGGCGGCGGCGGCGGGGCGGUGCUGCCCAAAGUGAAAACCCCCGCCGGCCACGUGUACGAGUACAUCCCGCACCCCCUGGGCCACAUGUGCAAAAACCCUAUCUACCGCUCCCGGGAGGGCAACGCAGGCGAGGAUUACAAAGACCUCCACGAGCUCAAGGUCACCUACAGCAGCCACCACCCCCUGCAGCCCGCGGGGGGGCCGCCGCCGCCGCCGCCCGGCGGGGAGGAUGCGCCCCUGCGCAGCCCCGCGUACAGCGUCAGCACCAUCGAGCCCCGGGAGGAGCUGCUCUCCCCGAUGCAAGACGCUGAUCGCUUUUACAGGGGCAUUUUGGAGCCCGACAAACACUCCUCCUCCACGCUGGGCACCCCCGGCGCCACCCUCCCCGACUACCCCAAGCUCCCCGACGCUUACACCUACUCCCCCAACUAUGACCUUAGGCGUCCCCACCAGUAUUUGCACCCGGGGCCGGGGGACGGCAGGCUCCGGGAGACGGUGCUCUACAACCCCCCGAGUACUGUCUAUGUAGAGCCCAACAGGAACGAGUACCUGGAGCUAAAAGCAAAACUAAACGCAGAGCCGGACUACCUCGAAGUGCUGGAAAAACAGACCACAUUCAGCCAGUUCUGAGAAACACCCCUCUCCACUCUCCCCACAACUCCAGCAGCUCCUUCCCUAGAGUAUUUGUAUUUAACAACCACACGCAAAACAAAGAAACAUAAAUGCUGACCUCCGCUCC